CUCACAUCUUCUUCCUUCUCCGAGAGACAGAGAUAUAGGAAUUUCCCCGGCCCCGGAAAAAUCCCUCUUUUCCCGCUGCUCGACGGCGGCCGGCGGCAGCGUCCAUGACCACAGUCGCCUCGCUCUCCCUGGUGCCGCACCUGCUCCUCAAGCCCUCCCUCCGCUGCCUCUCCAGAAAGGGAGUUGGCAGGUAUGGUGGAAUCAAAGUGUACGCGGUGCUCAGGGAUGACAGUGCCGACUACCUGAAGGAUAACCACCACUGGGAGGCCCUGUUCCAUGUGGACGACCCCGGCCCGAGGGUUCCGAUCGAGAAGGGCCAGUACCUGGAGGCCAAGCAGGCGCUCGACGUCGUCCGCUUCGACAUCCAGUACUGUGACUGGAGGGCCCGGCAGGACCUGCUCACCAUCAUGGUGCUUCACAACAAGGUGGUGGAGGUUCUUAAUCCUUUAGCAAGGGACUUCAAGUCAGUCGGGAACCUGAGGAAAGACCUCGACGGGCUACAGGAGGAACUGGCAAAGGCCCACAACCAGCUUUAUUUAUCGGAAUCCAGAGUGUCGUCGGCCCUCGAUAAGCUAGCGCAAAUGGAGACGGUGGUCAAUGAAAGGCUGUUGUCGGAUGGGAGCGCUUUCGCAAACACGGCUGAUUGCGCUUCUCUCGAUCCGAGUACUUCUCUUGAUACAACUACGAGCACUUCCUCCACGGUCCGAGUCGGAGCUAAAAAACAGAAGCGCCGCAGUCUCAACAUUUCUGGCCCUGUGAAGCCUUACAGUGCCAAUCUGAAGAACUUCUGGUACCCGGUGGCUUUCUCCAGCGACCUCAAGGAUGACACAAUGGUGCCCAUAGAUUGUUUCGAGGAACAGUGGGUAAUAUUCCGCGGAAAAGAUAAAAGGCCUGGAUGUGUCCAGAAUACAUGUGCUCACAGAGCUUGUCCUCUUGAUCUUGGUUCAGUGAAUGAGGGUAGAAUCACUUGCCCUUACCAUGGGUGGGAGUAUUCGACUGAUGGAAAAUGCGAAAAAAUGCCCUCAACAAAGAUGCUCAACGUGCGCAUCCGGGCAUUGCCAUGCUUCGAGCAAGAAGGAAUGGUCUGGAUCUGGCCCGGCGAUGACACGCCGACACCCACCAUCCCUUCCCUGCUGCCCCCUUCAGGGUUUACAAUCCAUGCAGAGAUAGUGAUGGAGCUACCGGUCGAACAUGGACUUCUUUUGGACAAUCUAUUAGACCUUGCUCAUGCCCCUUUUACUCAUACAUCCACCUUUGCUAAGGGCUGGAGUGUUCCAAGCUUUGUGAAGUUCUUGACACCUACAUCUGGGCUCCAAGGGUACUGGGAUCCUUAUCCCAUCGAUAUGGAGUUCCGACCGCCCUGCAUGGUCUUGUCAACCAUUGGCAUCUCCAAGCCUGGAAAGCUAGAAGGGAAGAGCACCCAACAAUGUGCAACGCAUCUCCACCAGCUCCAUGUAUGCUUGCCCUCAUCGACGAAUAAAACCAGGCUGUUGUACCGGAUGUCUCUCGACUUCGCACCCUGGAUGAAGCACAUGCCUUUCAUGCACCUGUUGUGGUCACAUUUCGCUGAGAAGGUCUUGAAUGAGGAUCUGCGGCUUGUGCUCGGCCAACAAGACCGAAUGAACAAUGGAGCUAACGUUUGGAACUGGCCAGUGUCGUAUGACAAGCUCGGCAUCCGGUAUCGGCUAUGGAGGGAUGCAGUCGAGAGGGGUGUCGAUCGGUUACCGUUCAGCAACGAAAUUGAGAGUGGAUCAUAGGCAAACACAUGACAUCACCUGUAGUCUCUUUCUCUCGUGCCAUUUCUUUGCCUGGCAAUGGCAGCAGAUGACCCGUAUGCACAGAUUAUUUGGUCGUGCGUCGCAGCGUGGUUGUUCAUCUGGCCAAAUAUUGCUACAGAUAGAAGGAUUCUGGGAAGGAAGCCCUGUGAAAAGGAUGAUGGGCACCAUCAUUGGAAUUGUGUAUUGUUAAUUGUACACUAGCGGCGGCAUCAACUGAUGCAAUUGUAAUCUGAGGUUGAUUCUCUGUUCUUUUUUUUCUCCCCCUCCCUUCAUUCAUGUAAAGUAUCUUCCAAUGUUACUGUCAAAGCGUACAUAAUCGUAUGGCAAAAGCAUACUCCUCUGAGAAAUGGUUUUAUGAUAAUCAUAGUGUUUUCUCUAGGGAAUUAUAAAUUUGUAAUCCUCAUGUUGG